GGGGUGACGCAUUGUACGCACGCGCAGCACAACACCGGUGGUGCUUUCAAAAUUGUUUGUGUUAGCUUCGUUGACGGUUAGCAUAAAACUUUACUUGAAAGUUGUUCCAAGAAGCUAAAAAAAAUAAUUUAGUCACGAAACGUCAGGUUGCUUUAUGCGCAAACCUGGUCAGUGAUGAAAAAAACGGGAUAAAAUGGAGGAGGAGAGUGUAAUCAACUUCAAAGCUCUGAGGGCCAAGUUUCAGGAGGAGGCCCUCCUAGUUCAAUCCAAAAGCACUCGACCAGCCGUAGCUGAGAAACCCAAAUACCUUCCUCCUGCUGGGGGCCACUGCAGUUCAGUGGUUAACAGUAUCAAUAUUGCUACAGAAAACAAGACAACAGUGGUUCCCAGAGUUAUCUUCAGAGACGGACUGCGGGCUUCUGGGGGAAAGCGGCCAAUUUCUUUUCCACCACAACCUCAGCAGAUAUCUCCAUCUUCCCGAUCCACUGAUGGAGACACUACGACACGUCAGUCCCUGAGAGAACGCCACAUGCCUCAGGUGCUGCCCAUCCUGCCUGGAAAAGAGCACACAUGUGACCCGCAACCAAAAAAAGAGACCCAGACGGAACCGGAGACUGUGAAAGAAGUUCCGCAAGCCAAACUCAAGAAGAAGAACUUGCUGCUUCCUUUUAAAUCUAAAGUGUCAAAAAUAAACACAGAAAGCGGAGAGGAGCACACAUACGCCGAAUUGACCACUAGACCUUCCAGUGCUCCUGGCGAGCUGCCCUCAGUGGAAAAACAGACGUCAGGGGAUGGCGUUUUGCUCCAAGGUGACCAAUCAACCACAGAGUGCCGCCUCUCCAGUCCAGAUGUCUCUGUCAGUCCUCCGUCAGCAGAGACCAGCGUUGACUCGGAAAACCGCAUCAUUAGCACCUUGGAGAGAGCCAAGAAGAAGUUCUCCUGCAAGCAGAUGUUGAUCUCCAACAGAUCGAAGAGUCUGCGUUCCCCUGACUUCGUAUCACACGACAGGGCAUUCUUCUCACCACCGAAGAACAUGGAAUACGUGAAGUCCGACCUACCUUCGCCUCCACCUGUGUGUCUUCCACCCCUGGCUUGCAUCUCUGCUCGACCUUUCUCCAGAGUCAACAGCUCCGUUCGAAAGCCUGCAGUAAUCAAGCAAUGUGGCCGGGAGAAGAAUGACCCACCUCCUGCAACCACCACACUUCCUGCCCACUCUGCUCCACCAAAGAAGCCUCUACCCGAUUUGAGGUCACUGGCGGUAAAGCCAUUAAAACCCCCCAGACCUCCAUUAUUGGAUCUUAGCUGUUACCGACAACCUCCGGGUAAUGAUGUGCUGCGAGAUCCCGUGCAAGAGCCAAGUGAUGCUCCACAGUCGGAGCAUCCUUCCGUCUCCAAUGCUGUCCUGGAUGCUCCUGACUUUCCAGACUUUGAGAAUUCAGCGAUGGAACCAAUACAGCCUGAAACCGUUGACAUUGCCGCUCUAGAUUUAGGGGUUCUAGAUUUUGGAGCUCUUGACCCUCCACCUCCCGCACCGACUGACUGUGGAGCUCCUCCGUCAGACGCAUGUAACCCCACAGGGGCCAGCGAGAGCCCCCUCAUCCAAGAUCUGAAGCUUGGCGGUCUGAACGGAACACCUCAUGAGCCAGGAAGCUUCGCCGAACCAUCAAAUCUGACAGAGUCCAUUGCACAGGAUCCUUGGCGUGACGACGCGACCGUACCGCCUCGUCUUGUUGACACAGAACUGUCAGUAGCUGAGGAAACUGCGCCGGCUUUCCAAGAAGCACCAGGAAGUGAUGAGACUCACACGCAUGCCAGUGAGCAAGACUACAAAUGUGAUAAUGUGUAUGAAGAUGUGGAAAACCUCAACAAACUCAUCUUCUGCCAAAACUCACGCAAGCAGAAAGUCAACCUGAAGAAUCCAUAUGCGGACAACCACCCAGUGAAGGAGGAGGCGUCCCUUAACAUUUGGCCUCGGAACCCAUGGGGCGCCGUACCGGGGGAACAUUCAUCUCUUAAUCACGUCCACAGCAAGGAACGCCAAAGCCCCAACACCGCUGACUGUAAGGAACAGAAGAAAAGAGAGAAGCAGCGACUGGAGAAGGAGAAAAAGGAGCAAAAAGAAAGAGAGAAGAAAGAGAAUGAAAUGAAAAAGAAGUUCAAAGUGACAGGCGCUGAAGAGCCCAUGUAUCAUGCAAAGGUGAUGGUAGCCAGCAAGGUCCGUAAGAAUGACCUUCCUGUGAAAAGCGGCGACACGGUCAGUAUCAUUCGUACCACCAACUGUCCGAAAGGCAAAUGGCUGGCACGGGACGCAAGCAACAGAUAUGGCUACAUUUCUGUGAUGAACGUGGAGCUUAACAUCAAGGAGAUGCUCCAACUUGGCAAGAAGGCCCAAGCAGCUGGACGUGGUGGCAACCUGGAGGGAGACACCAUCAGCAUCGGGAGCAGGUCUUCAAGCCACCCUGUACUAACAAGCAGUUUCACGGACGACAGUGAAGAGUGGGCCUGUGAAGAUGAGACGCUCUCGCCCACCCAUGAAAGCCGCUUUCUCCAACAAACCUCAAUGCCUGAAACAUCAUGUGACCUAGCUAGCACCCAGCACAUCCUGAAUGAUGCCAACAUGGAGGAUCUACAUAUUCAGACAAGACACGAAGCCCUGCAGAAGCUGGCCAUCUUCUUUCAACACAACCAAGAUGAAUUUGUUGAUGUGCCUGUGGAUAACGGCGUGCCAACCCCUACUAAUGCUGACCCACCCAGCUUCUUGUGCGCCGUUGACGAGCCUCCAUAUCCUGAACAGGAAGUCGACUUCUCCGAGCUGGAACUCCUUCCCCCGCCACCUCUGUAUGCCGACACCUUCUGAGUAAAACAAGCAAUAGAAUUCUAAUCCACUGGGGUGUAUGCAAAAUUGGAAAAACUUUUUGUUUUCACUUUGUUCUACUGUGCAAACUAUCUGAAUCACAUUUAUAUUUUUUGUCUGACUUUCUAAUUGCCUUGUUGCACAACACUAAGCACACAUGAUUACUCACAUGUUGGAGUUUAAAGCAUGUUUUUCAUUGUUAAUGUUUUUUUUUUUUUCUAUGUUUGUUUUCUGGGUUACAUUGAAUAAAUGUUGGUCAUGGAUGGA